AUGGCAACCUCAACAUCGAUUAGUCUUCUGACAUUGAUUUGCCUCAUUAUGGCCGUUAGUUUCUUAUUCAAUGGAGAUGCUGCACCGUUAAAUGCCAAGCGACCUGGCACCACAUUGAAUGACGACGUAGAGAUAUACGUAAAUGGGCAAAAAAUGACGUACGAAGCGUUAAAAAGAGCGGAUCCAUGUCAGGAUAUUAAAUACGUGAUCAGUAAGGAGCGCAUGAAAACACAUAUAAAUUAUUUGAAGGACAUCGUUUUACAUUACGAAAGUGCACAUCCUUUUAUUCCAUAUCUGGAGAACAUUCUUCGAUAUUCCCAACGUAAGCUCGAUGAGGCGGACGGAGCGCCGUACGUGACAUUCGACCGUACAGAAUUCCGCACAGAAUACGCAAAAAUAUUUAACGGCAUCACUAGGACACCGGUGCAACCACCAUUAUUUGAUCCUAGCUAUCGGCAAGUAUUGACGGCUCUGCACCGAUUUCGCAGUGCACCUUUCCAAAUACAGGAACUCAUAAUGCGCACUUGGAUGUUUCUGUGUCAGCGUAUAUAUUUGGCAUGCUUUAAUGAAUUGCGAACAGCGGGGGUAGAAAAUACGGCAGAUGGUUCCCAGGAAGGUAGCAGCAAUACCACUUCAGCAAAUCUCCGAGACAGUGGUCGCGCCAGCGGUAGUAAUGUGGCAACGGUUAGUGGUGGUACCAGAUCUCAUAUCGAUGGAUCGCCUUCUUCAAGCUCGGGAGGAACUAUAUCCGUCUUACCAUAUGUUCUAGGGUCGUUGGGUGCCUGGAAGCCCGAACCAGAUCGGCCAUUGGAUGAUUCAAAUGAGUCGGGCGAGGUGGCCGGAUCUUCCAAGGAUGACGAACAUCGGCAUCAAAAUUCGGGUGCGACUGAAUUGGAACCUGGAUUCCAGGACGAAGACCUGUCUGAUUUCUAUAUCCCACCUGAGAUAGCUGAAGAGGAGGAUCCAGAUUGGGAAGAUUACUUCGCAUCGUUUUUAAAACGCCUGAAAAAAUCGCCGCAGGACGAUCGUGGUGGUACUACUUCAACAUAG